UUGCCUACAUAUACAAAUAGAGCUUUGCGUCACACGGUGGCAGCAUGAACCAAAUAAAUCUCCCAUCAGCAGGAAGGCUGUCUCAUUAGCAAAUACAUAAUGGGUUUUUUUUAUCCCCCAACCAUUUUCUGGCAUAAUCCCUUUCGAAAACCUGAUUGGGCAGUAGUACAUCCUCCCAGUUCGUGGAUUGGUUAGUGCUUUACGUCAAUCCUAACGUAGCUGACGGGGCUUGUCUGAAUACAGACUGAAGCAGGCCAGGCAUGAGCAGUGCACACCUGGACGAGUGGCAGAGGAGGUCCUUUGACAUUUUGUCUGGCACGUAUACACCUGAACAGACGGCCGACGCUUAUCGGGCACACGUUCUGUCCAUUCAGUAUGCAUGGGCGAAUGCCGAGCUCUCUCCAGCCGGAGCUGCCAGCCUGUUCAGGACCUACACUGAGCGCUAUGCUGCAGUUCUGGACUCAGACGACCAGCACACAGGGCUGAAUAACUACGCUGACAGUGCCCUGCACCUGGCUCGCAAUCAGAGAAACCACAGUGACAAAUGGGAGUCGUCAUUAACAGUCGAAAAUGUGUUCAGCCUGCCGUGCGUGCAGAGGAUGAUGCAGAGUAGAGGGGACCACAGCAGUGUCCCGGUAGAUCCAGCAGAUGCUGACAUUAUUGUUGGUGGGGAAGUUAGUCAGAGCUGUGGCAAAGGUUUAAUUAAGAGUAGUGCUGCUAGUGGAUGUAAACCUGAGCAUUCUUUCCCCAGGCCUGUGCAUCAUAUCAGUGCUGUAGUAGAGAGAACAGUGGGUAACCUGGCCAGUGGUGCUGCAGAGAGGACUAGAAACAAAGAUACUAGUCUUUCUUCUACCAUUAAUGCCUCUAGGGCCCUAACAGGGGUAACUCCAGUAUUGGCUCAUAACCCACGUAAUUCCCCUACUAAACCUGGCUAUUUUCCUCAUUCAAGUUUUGCUAGCACAAGUGUAUCCAGUGCAAACAAUUACCAUUCAGUGUUCUCCUCCUCCACAAAUCCAUCUAAGAGGAAGAACAUCUACAGUUCAGGAACUGAAAGCAACAGAACCUCAUUCCUGCCACAGGGAAGUCAUGAAGGUAGAGGUAGUGCACAGAGAAGAGAGGAGUUUCCUGGCACUAAUUUUAAAACAGCACGAGAGCAGCUUAUUGUUGACCAGCAGAAAAAACACUCCCAUCAGAUCCAGAGAGGUCCAUCAACUCCUGUUGGUACAAUAACCAAAAAAUCUCUAGGGGCAAACAGGUCACGGGGGGCCUUCUCCAAAUUUGUCUCACCGAUGCCCAGGCAGGAGGAGGAAAGCAGCACCAAGGAUGACCCAAUGCAUAACACUCAGCCUCUUGAUGAACGACUAAAGAACUUUGAACCUAAAAUUAUUGAACUGAUUAUGAGUGAAAUUAUGGACCAUGGCCCACCUGUGGCUUGGGAGGAUAUUGCCGGCCUUGAGUUUGCCAAAGCUACCAUUAAGGAAAUCGUAGUGUGGCCCAUGCUCAGGCCUGACAUUUUUACAGGUCUCAGAGGUCCACCUAAGGGAAUUCUCUUGUUUGGCCCUCCAGGUACUGGGAAAACACUCAUAGGGAAGUGCAUAGCCUGUCAGUCUGGCGCUACUUUUUUCAGCAUUAGCGCUUCAUCUCUCACUUCUAAGUGGGUGGGAGAAGGGGAGAAGAUGGUUAGAGCUCUUUUUGCCAUCGCCCGGUGCCAUCAGCCUGCUGUCAUUUUUAUUGAUGAGAUUGACUCUCUCCUUUCUCAGCGCACGGAUGGAGAGCAUGAUUCAUCUCGCCGGAUAAAGACAGAGUUUCUUGUUCAGCUUGAUGGAGCUGCAACCUCAUCCGAGGAUCGAAUAUUGGUGGUCGGAGCCACCAAUCGGCCACAGGAGAUUGAUGAAGCAGCCCGGCGUCGCCUGGCUAAACGUCUCUACAUCCCCCUUCCAGAGGCUGCCGCUCGUCAGCAAAUAGUAACCAGCCUAAUGUCACGAGAGAAAAGCCAGUUGGGAAGUGAUGAACUGGAGAAAGUGGUGUCAGGCACAGAGGGUUUCUCAGGGGCCGAUAUGACUCAACUGUGCCGUGAAGCAGCACUUGGUCCAAUCCGCAGCAUCCAGCUGAGUGACAUUGCCACCAUCACACCCGAGCAGGUACGACCUAUACUUUACUGUGACUUCCAGGAGGCUCUUAAGACUGUACGGCCAAGUGUUUCAAACAAAGACCUGGAGCUCUAUGAAGACUGGAACAAGACAUUUGGCUGUGGUAGAUAAUCACUAAGUCUUAAUUUGUGGUGUGUUUUUGAUUGUGUUGAGUGUUUCUGUGUGGAGAAUUAAAUGGUAUCAAUCUUUAUAGAUCUGUGCUAUUUGCUUUUACAUUGUACAUUUAACAUGUG